AUGCUUGUUUGCGCAUCUUCUGCCUAUGCCUCAUUUGUAUAUUCUCUCCUACAGAAGAAUGAGCUGAUGGAGAUGCUUCAGCUUUCUGCUCAACUCGAGUUGACCUACGCCCACCUCUGGGACUAUACGCUGGUGAAUGACGAUCUGCCAGUCGCCUUGGAGCAGCUUUCCGAAUUGGCAUAUCGCCAGGAAACCGAGGCGGCUUGGGUUCCGCAGAAAUGGCUGUCCACGCGGUCUGACAACAGUUCCCCGAGUUCGCAAGGUUCUGUGGAAUCCAGACUCAAGACUGCCUCAGUCGCUGCCUCCCUCUCCGACGAGGGCGCCAUCUUCCUUCCCAAUUCUGCUCUUCUUGGAGGUAGCUUCUCGAGAAUGAGGAGCACAUUUGCCUCACGCUUGUCCCUGCUGACAGACAGCGCUACCAAAUCGUCCGCUUCCUGUUCCGCAGCAUCAAGUCCACUUCAUUCGGUCCGACAUAACCGUGCUUAG